CUAAUAUUUAAGCCAACAACACAAAAUUGGAAUUGCAGGACAACACAUCCUCGGAAAAACAAUCAUGACUGCAAUAAUAUCAAACAGAAAGCUGAGCAAGAAAUAGCUAAUUUAAAAUUAGAAAUUGAAAAGCUGAAUCUUAGAAAAAACAAUAUGGAUCUUUUACUAAACUAUUUCAAUUCUAAAAAUACAAAAAAAUCAUCAAAAGGUGUGAAGUUGGAUGAUGAUAGUAAAGUUAUGCAAAUUACAAUUUACUGUAACUAAAUUACUCUUGCAGUAACUCUGUAGUAAUUUCAUUAUAAUUUAUUUAAAUUAACGCAAUUGUAACAAAAUUACUUUUAAUAAGUCAUUUAACCAACACUGCUAGUAGGUACACAAAAAGUAUUUCUCUGAAUUAAUUUUUUUGUUCAGACUCAAAUUAUUGUAUUUUAUUUAAAAAUAACCUAUGGAUAUUUUAAAAUUCUUGUAAGUCCUUCAAAUAAUAAUUUUUAUUUAAUAAUAUUAUUAUUAACUUUAUUAUUUAAUUUCUUUUCUUCUUUUCUGUUGCUGUUCCGUAUAUCUUUUUUCGUUUAUUUCAAACAGAUAAAUUACAAGUUGCAUAAGACCUGAUAGUAAAAUAAUGUUUUAUAAGCUUAUGUUUGACAUUGUAAUUUUUUUCACAGAGCGGGUAAUUAAU